CCCUUCCUUCCUGGCAGAAAGCGAGGGAGGCGCCCGCUUGCUUCUCGCUUCGCCUCUGGCCAAUCGCCGCUCCGCCUCAGUCCUGCGUCAAGGCUGCUUAAUCCCCUCCGGCGUGGGAUCCGCACUGGGUGCUGGGAGUCCUCUUAGUGCGAAUCCUCUGGGGUUUGGAAGAGGAAUCCCUACUUUUGAGCCAUUGGGAGACUUCAAGCUUUGUCUUGAGACUUCACCUCGUGCACCAGCUUGAACUUUGGAUAAUCUGAGUGUGGCGACAGCAGUUAAAGAGAUGUCUGGAUACAGCCACAAACCCCUGCUGAGACCAGCCUUGGCCCUUGUAAUGGUGCUUUUCCUCACCUAUGUGGGUGUCACCAGUGCCCAGCACCAGCGGAGUGAGGCCAAGCGAGAGAAACGAGUGGAACCUGACUUUCUGGCCCAAAUGUCUCGUACCAUAAGGAAGACACUGGAGGAUUUAAUUGGAAGAGACAACUUCCAGAUUCUAAGUGAGAAUCUCUCUUCCGCCCUUUGGAUAGUGUCCUCUGGUAUUUCUUCAGCUUUGUUGGUUGUGGCUCGAGUUUCAGGGCAGUUCCUUACUUCCUUUGGGAUGGCAGGCGACCAUUUGACCCAGUUCCUGAAACGGAGCCCGGAUGAGGUCCAGACGCUGCUGCUUUGGGGCUUGGCUGCUCUGAUCGGUUAUUGGCUGCUGUCGCUGGUGCUGAGCCUCUUGGUUGCCAUCUUGAGCCGCAUCAUGUGGGGCCUUAAAGUGGUGCUCUUUGGGGCCUGCUUUAUGUUCAUCGUCUCCUCAGUGCCUGACCACUCUGUGCAGACACUUCUUCUGUUGGCCCUGCUCACACUCUAUGUCCUCCUGGGUUGGCUGAGCGGGUCCCACAACUCUGGCACACGACUGGAAGCCAAAAUCCGCGGCUUGGAGCGCCAGGUGGAGGAGCUGCAGCGCAGGCAGAGGCGAUCGCCCAAGCAUCUGGAUGACGAAUGAGCUCAGAGGAGUCUGUGAUGCCAGUGUAUCUUUCCUAAAAGGCAACCCCUUUUUCCCUCUUGUAUUAUGUGACUGCUUUCUAGACUAUAGAUGCUCUCAGGUAGCUUUUUGUCCACCACUAUGCUGGAAUAAGUAAGCCCUAAAGCAAACUUCUGUAGAGGAUAAUGAAAUUAUCUGAGAUAGUUCAGCUUCCCAAUCACUGCUCUAGUAUCUUACUCAAAAGACAUUUCUCAUUCCUUGUUUCCUUUCUUCUUGGGUUCUUCAGUUUCUCUUAUUCCAGAGCUGCCGUGAGCAAUUUCAGCACAUCUGGUGUCUUGUUUCCACCCCCUUCGAAUAUCUCUGUAUUAGAGUCUAGACCUACCAACUUUAAUGUUCUUCUUUUCCAGCGGGUUCAUGGUAGACUACUUUGUGUCUUUAAGGAUGAUGGGACCAGGUGCUGAUCCUAUUUGAAAAAACUGGUUAUCCUUUUCUCCAGAACAUAUCGAUAGUAAAGCCAAGUGCCUCUCUGAAACUAAAGAAGAUGGCUGUGCUUGUGACAGUACAGCAAAUCAGGAUUGUGUGCCCUGCCUCCCCGUGAGCCAGAGAUGCCCUUAAAAUAAAGACCUCAUGAUUCUUCCCUAUGCAAACUAGCUUUUCUGGGAGGGGGUGCUAAAUAGUGUCAUGACAGGUAGAGUGUACAUGUAUAUAUAAAUAAGCCAUAGCCCGGUGACAAAGUGAAUGUACCACAGCUCUUCCCUCCAAACGGAAUUUGUGCCAUUAGCAAAUGGAAUAAGACCUCCAGACUCAAUUGCCUUUUCUGCCUAUUUUGGGAAGGAGGCAUAACAUACUCAGUGGUGUGAACUUCAUGUCUGUUGCCAAAUAUAUAUAUAUUUUUAAGCUGUCCAUUUUAAACAAAUGGAAUAUUUUGUUAUAACCUUCCAAAUAAAGGCUAUUUGAUCAUUUCUUA